GUCACAGCAGUAAAAAUUACCCUUCCAAAAUUGACACCUUCUACAAAACCCUUUGCCAAUGCCGUCAAAAUUGUCUUGGCUGCUCAUGUAGCUGGAGCAAAACUUAAUCAAACCGCUGGUGAUUCAGUUGAACUUGUCUUGGCUGACAAGUCAUUGACAGAUGCCAACCUUGCAGUCAAGAUUAUUUUGGAUUUGGUUUCAUUUGAUGCUUCAAACACCUCGCUUUUACAGAGUGCUGCUCUUGAACAAGAAGAGGCUGUUAUUACCCCCUUGAUUUUCAAGAAGAAGACCACAGAGGCUCUCCAGAUUGCUGAACAGGCUGUUGUCAAAUACUCCAAGGUCUUUUCAAAGGAUGGAAAGCUUGGUAUUGUAGAUGUGAUUUACUACGGUGCUUUGUAUGAUGUGUUGCAGGCCAACGCUGAAAAGGAAAAGUACAGUGCUUUGACUGCAUGGUUUGAACGCGUCUCAAAGGCUGAGGCUGUUGAAAAGGCUAUCGAAGUUGUCAAGGGACAGAUCUCUAACAAGGCAGCCAAGAAACUUGCUGCUGCCCCUAAGAUGAAGACCAACGAGCAGACUCCCUUGGCCGAACUCAACCCCGAAACUCAAAAGGUGAACCGGAAAGUGUUUAUGAAGAAGCACGAUACUUCCGUCAAGCCUGUUCCUGUUGAGGGUGAACGUAACAUCUUGAUUACUUCUGCUCUUCCCUAUGUCAACAACAUCCCUCAUUUGGGUAACGUCGUUGGUUCUACUUUGAGUGCUGAUGUUUACGCCAGAUACUGUCGUGCUCGCGGAUAUAACAUUAUUUAUAUCUGUGGUACUGAUGAGUACGGUACUGCCACUGAGACCAAGGCUUUGGAAGAGGGUGUGUCUUGCCAGGCUCUCUGUGACAAGUACAAUGCUGUUCAUCGCAGUGUUUACAAGUGGUUUGAUAUUUCAUUUGACUAUUUUGGCCGCACCACCACUCCCAAGCAGACCGAGAUUGCCCAGGACAUGUUUUUGAAGGCAAAGGCCAAUGGUUACUUGCUUGAGCAAACCAUGACUCAGCUUUACUGCGAGCACUGCAAGAGAUUCUUGGCUGAUCGUUAUGUUGAAGGUGUCUGCCCUGUUUGCAAGUAUGAGGAUGCUCGUGGUGAUCAGUGCGAUGCUUGUGGUCGUUUGUUGAACGCCUCUGAGCUCGUCAAGCCCAGAUGCAAGCUCGAUGGCCAUCCUCCUAUUACCAGAGAUUCCAACCACAUGUUCUUGGAUCUUUCCAAGCUCCAGGACAAGAUUGAGAAAUUCAACGCCAAGGUUAACGUUGAAGGCAAGUGGUCCAGCAAUGGUAUCAACAUCACCCAAUCUUGGUUGAAAGAAGGUUUGAAGCCUCGUUGUAUCACCCGUGAUCUUAAGUGGGGUACUCCUGUUCCUUUGGCCGGUUUCGAAGACAAGGUAUUCUAUGUCUGGUUCGAUGCACCAAUUGGUUACCCUAGUAUCACUGCCAACUACACAGACGAGUGGGAGAAGUGGUGGAAGAACCCCGCCAAUGUCAAGUUGUACCAGUUCAUGGGCAAGGACAACGUUCCUUUCCACUCGGUUAUCUUCCCUGGUUCGGAGAUGGCUACCGGUGACGACUGGACCCUUGUACACCACAUCAGUACUACCGAGUAUCUCAACUAUGAAGGUGGAAAGUUCUCAAAGUCACGUAACAUCGGUGUGUUUGGCACAAGUGCUGAAGAAACUGGAAUUCCCCCUUCUGUCUGGCGUUAUUACCUCUUGUCUUCUCGCCCAGAGACCAGUGAUUCGAUGUUUACAUGGAACGAAUUUAUUACCAAGAACAACAGUGAAUUGUUGAACAAUCUCGGAAACUUUGUCAACCGUGCUAUCAAAUUUGUUUUGGCCAAGUAUGACGGCGUGAUCCCCCAGGCUAACCUUUCGGGUGAGUCUGAGGUCACGAUGAUCAAGGAUGUGAAUGUGUUGUUGGCACAGUAUAACGACCAACUUGAGAAUGUCAAGAUCCGUGGUGCUCUUGCCACUGCCAUGGCUAUCUCUGCCCGUGGCAACCAGUACCUCCAGGACUCUGGUUUGAGCAACUCCACCUUUGCCGAGCAGCGUGGCAAGUGUGAUGCAGUUGUGAACGUGGCUGUCAACCUUAUCUACCUUCUUUCGGCUAUCUUGUUCCCUUACAUGCCCGAAGUUUCUGAGAAUAUCUCGCGCCAGUUGAAUGCUCCCCUCCGUCGUAUUCCUGAUGAGUUUAGCCUGGAUAUCUUACCCGGACACAAGUUGAAUGGAUCUGCUUAUCUGUUUACUCAAAUCGAUGAGAAGAUGGAAGAUAUCUGGAAGCAAAAGUAUGGUACUUCUGCCAAAUAAGUAAAAUAUACAUAUAAGUAAAUAAAAAAAUAAAGAAAGAAACUAUUUAUUUACUUGUUUGUUUACUACUAUCAUUACCACCGCUACCCCCACUGUUGUUGUUACUGCUACUGCUGUUUUCUUUUAUGAAUAAAAAACAUAUCUGUGUACACACAUAUACACACAC